CCUCCCCUCUCUGGUACACUCUAAACGCUUCUGGGGAAGGGGAUGGCGAGUAAAGGAGGUGGUGGUGAAGGCGGUUUUCCGAGCAGGCAAUGACUGUUUCCUUUACCUUUUCUUCGCUCUAUUAAAACCAGAUCGAAUACAGUAGUAAGCGGCUAAAUCACUCAAAAACCGCUCUUUUUUGGUCGGAAAACCAGGCUCCAUGGCUAAAAGUCCCCGCCUCUCGGCCGACCCUUCCCUAACCCUCCGGUCCUUAUCCGAGGACCUCUUACUCCGAGUCUUGGACAAGGUUUCGGAACCCACAGACCGCAAAUCCUGGCGACUGGUUUGCCGUGAGUUCCACAAAGUAGAAACGGUUUCCCGCAAGAGAAAAGCGGUUUUCCGUCGAGAUGAGCUGGCGGACCUGGCCCGGAGGCACCCAUGGCUCGAGCAACUGGACCUGAGUGCGUGCCCGAGGCUCGUGGGCCACGAGCUCAGUGGGCUCGCGCGUGGGCUCAGGGUUCUGGACCUUAGGCGAGUAAGUGGGCUCAGUUUGGCAGGCCUCGAGGGCUUGGUGGAAGGGUGCCCAUUGCUAGAGGAGGUGGACGUCUCGUACUGGUUAGGGUUUGGUGAUUUGGAGGCCUCGGUGGUGGCAAGGUUGAAGAAAUUGAGGAGGUUGAGGAUGGUGAAGUGUUUGGGUGUGACUGAUAUAGGCGUGGCGAGAAUUGCAGUCGGGUGCGGAGAGAGGUUGGAGGAGUUGGGGUUGAAAUGGUGCAUGGAGGUUACUGAUUUGGGGAUCGAUUUGGUUGCUGCUAAGUGUAGGGGGCUGAGAUCUCUCGAUAUAUCUUACCUCAAGGUGACAAACGAUGGCCUGGCAUCGGUCUCUGCUCUUAAAAAGCUGGAGGUUUUGUCAAUGGUGAGAUGCUUCUAUGUAGACGAUGACGGCCUCGCCUCACUAGGCAAAGGAUGCGACUCUCUCUUGAGAAUUGAUGUUUCAAGGUGUGAUAAUGUGACAUCCUCAGGCCUUAUUUCAAUAAUGAGAGGCCACCAAAAUCUCCAGCACCUCAAUGCUGCUCAUAUUCUCCCUGAGCUGACUUCUCCCUUGCUCUCUAAAAUAAAGAACCUAAGGAGCUUGAGCACCUUUGACAUUGAUGGGUGUGAGAUUUAUGCUUCAAUUCUCUGUUCUAUUGGCUUGAGUUUGAAGAAUUUGGUUGAGCUGAGUUUAAGCAAGUGCCCUGGAGUGACUGAUCAAGGAAUCAUUGAACUUUUGAAUGGUUGCAAUAGCCUGAGGUCCUUAGAUCUCACCUGCUGCCACCAAAUAACAGAUGUCGCAAUCUUGGCCAUUGGAACCUCUUGUAGGGACCUCAUUUGCCUCAAGCUUGAGUCAUGCGACCUAAUUUCCGAUAUGGGCCUGCAAGAGCUGGGAUCAGGCUGCCCUUCUCUCUCAGAGCUUGAUCUUACAGAUUGCUUUAACAUCAAUGAUUCAGGACUCAAAUAUGUAUCACAAUGCUCGCAUUUGAGAAGCUUGAAAUUAGGACUUUGCCUCAACUUAUCCAAUAAAGGGCUGGUGCAUAUUGGGACAGGCUGCAAAGAACUUCAAGAACUCGAUCUGUACAGGUGUAUCAGAAUUGGGGAUGAUGGACUGGCUGCCAUAGCAGAUGGAUGCACAAAGUUAAGGACUCUCAACUUAUCCUACUGUUAUCAGCUCACAGACGAGGGAAUGAAGCAUGUGGGGCGGUUAGAGGAACUAUCUACUCUUGAAAUGAGGAGCUUGUUAAAGGUGACUUGCAUUGGUAUGAGUUCAAUUGCUUGGGGUUGUAAGAAAUUGGUGGAAUUGGAUGUUAAGAGGUGCUACUCCAUAGAUGACAAGGGGUUGCUAGCACUGGCCCAACACUCUAAAUAUUUGAGGCAGAUCAACAUCUCAUAUUGCCCGGUAUCAGACAUGGGGCUUUUUGCUCUGAUUGCCAAGCUGAGGUGCCUACAAGAUGUGAAGAUUAUACAUGCCCUCAAUGUGUCUGUUGAGGGGUUGGAGUUUGCUUUGCGCUCCUCAGAGAGCUUGAAGAAGGUGAAGGCAUUGGAGAGCUUGAAGUACUUGCUAUCUCGAGACCUUAUUAAACUCAUGCAUUCUCGCGGCAUGCGGUUUCGUUGGAUUAACAAGCAUCUGGAUUAACAAGCCUCUGGUUUUGAUCUAGAAUCUAAUAAUAUCCCAUAGACAUUGCGAAACAUAGGUAAUAGUCAUGGUUUCCUAUGUACAUAUAAUUGCGGUAUGCAUAGGCAGUUUGAGGUCAGUUUUUGUACAGGCCCAAAGCCAGAUUUUCUUUGAGUGAUAAAGGGACGUGUUGCAAAUGUCAAUGCUUUAACAAAUCAAUAUUAGGUAACUUCCUUUGGGAAAGUAA